CGCGUGGUUGCCGUGGAAACGGUUUACACGGAACUACUUGCGGAAGUUGGCCUGUUAAUUUCGAUCCGUCGAUUCGCCGGUGGCGGGUCAAACGUUGUUCGCGUUUUUCCGCGUGUAAAAAAUUGACUAGUUUCUAUUAGUAAUUUGCUCGAUUUCGCCGAGAUUCAUCUGACUUGCCGAGAAUCCAAUUAUCACGAGCGAUUUAGAUACAUCGUUGAUAUACCAUCGAUUGGCUCCCGUGGAACCGUCCGUGGCUUCGAUAGUCGUCCGUUACCCGCAGGAAGUUAUUUUUCCGCUUUUCGAUGUUUAGUCGUGACCGAGAUCAGGGUAGGGGCCGUCGUGGUGGAACUAUCAGGACAGGUACUAGUAGAGGAGGCAGUGAUAAUGGACGUGGGCACAUUGCUAGCAGAUUUGCUACACUUGGUAGAGGAAGCGCUAAUAAUGUACGAGGCGGAUUAAAAGGAAAGCAACCUGGUGGUGGUUUAAGAAAAGUAAAUUGGGAUCUUCGCACUUUGGAACCACUACGCAAAGAUUUUUAUAUAGAGCAUCCUGCAGUUAGAAAUAGAUCUAAUGAAGAAGUAAGUCAAUUUCGCGAAAAUGCAGAAAUAACUGUAAAAGGUGAAAAUGUUCCCAAUCCUAUACAAUAUUUUGAAGAGGGAAAUUUUCCACCCUAUGUAAUGGAGGGUAUUCGUAGACAAGGAUACUCACAGCCUACUCCAAUUCAAGCGCAAGGAUGGCCUAUUGCCCUUAGUGGUAGAGAUCUUGUAGCAAUUGCUCAAACCGGUUCAGGAAAGACACUUGGAUACAUUUUACCUGCAAUUGUGCAUAUCAUACAUCAACCACGCUUAAGCAAUGGAGAUGGUCCAAUUGUCUUGGUCUUAGCUCCAACUAGAGAAUUAGCACAACAAAUUCAAGAAGUAGCUAAUUGCUUUGGAGAGACUGCAGCUGUAAGAAAUACAUGUAUCUUUGGUGGUGCGCCAAAAGGUCCGCAAGCACAUGAUUUGGAAAGAGGCAUCGAAAUAUGCAUUGCUACUCCAGGUAGACUUAUAGAUUUCUUAGAAAGAGGGACUACAAAUUUACGUAGAUGUACAUAUCUAGUACUCGAUGAAGCAGAUCGUAUGUUAGACAUGGGAUUCGAGCCUCAGAUACGAAAAAUAAUCGAGCAAAUACGUCCCGACAGACAAGUUUUAAUGUGGUCCGCGACAUGGCCUAAAGAAGUUCGCGCCCUUGCCGAAGAUUUUUUGACGGACUAUGUUCAUCUUAAUAUCGGCUCUUUGACCCUAUCGGCCAAUCACAAUAUCACUCAAAUCAUUGAUGUUUGUCAUGAGUAUGAGAAAGAUUCGAAAUUGUAUAGACUGCUUCAAGAGAUUGGUACUGAAAAAGAGAAUAAAACCAUUAUAUUUGUGGAAACUAAACGUAAAGUGGACGAUAUCACAAGAAACAUUAGACGUGAUGGAUGGCAAGCCGUGAGUAUUCACGGUGACAAGAAUCAGCAAGAAAGAGAUCAUGUGCUACAAGAAUUUCGCAGCGGAAGAGCACCGAUUUUAGUCGCAACCGAUGUAGCUGCUAGAGGUUUGGACGUGGAUGAUGUGAAAUAUGUGAUAAAUUUCGAUUAUCCAUCCUCAUCGGAGGACUACAUACAUAGAAUCGGUCGAACCGGGCGUAGACGACAAACUGGAACGGCAUACGCGUUUUUCACGAGUCACAAUAUGAAGCAUGCUGGAGACUUGAUAGAGGUGUUACGAGAAGCUGGGCAGAAUGUCAAUCCACGUCUCAGUGAAAUGGCGGAAAUGGCCAAAGCAGGAAAUUUUAGCGGCAGAGGUGCAAAACGUUUUGGUGCUUCUGGUGGUAAUGGUACUGAAAGAGGUAACGGUCGAAGAGGCAAUGAUGGUAGAGGAAGAGGAGGUACUUCAACAAGAGGAAGAGGUCCUUCUCGUGGCGGAAGUUCUUAUCAAUCUUCUUCAAGUGUUUAUUCAGGAUCGGAUUAUAAUAAUUAUAACAAUAUGAAACAAAGUUCUUCUUUGGGUCAACAAAGUACGACAUAUGGAUAUAGCACACAAAGAAGCUAUGGACAGGGAAGUAUGCCUCAAAAUUAUGGGAGUAGCGAUAACUAUGGAAGCGGUUAUCCAUAUAGAGGCACAACUUAUUAAUCGCGUUUUUACACGAUCGAUAGUACAUAAUAAUCUUUUCGAUGAUGUAUGAAAUGUGUCAUGUUUAGUUAUAGUGAAUUUGGUUGGAUGCAUACAGAUUAAGGUCGACAUAAAAGUUAUAAUAAAUAAGAAAAAACACAGGAAACAAGGGAAAAUAAUA